GAAGCUACCUCUGUGUUAUAAUUGUGAUCUUUUUACUCGUUGCACAAUAGCUAGGGUUUUCACCCACUGAAAUUGGCUCCAAUCUGCAGAUGUUCUCUUCCACAUAUGACUCCAACCUUUUUCCAAACUUCCCUUCUUCUUCUUACCCUAUACUUCCUUUUCUCAUUGAUCCUGAAAAUGAUUUUGCAAGCAACACCCUUUUUGAUGACCCUCUUCUUGUUCCCUUCACACCCAUCACCCAUGAUCCUCCAUUUCCUGAAGAGACUGUUGCUAAUUUUGCAGUUGCUGACUGCACUGCCAUUCUUGAACAAGAUGCAAACACUAACUAUGGUUCCCACAAUGGUAGCAUGUCCAAUUUUCUGACCCAGAAACCAGCCAUAGCAAAGAAAGACAGGCACAGUAAGAUUCACACAUCUCAGGGUUUGAGGGACCGUAGGGUGAGAUUAUCAAGCGAAAUAGCUCGCAAGUUCUUUGAUCUUCAGGACAUGUUAGAGUUUGACAAACCAAGUAACACACUUGAGUGGCUUUUCACAAAGUCUGAGAAUGCGAUCAAAGAACUAGCCCAAAGUAAGCAUAGCGGCAGUAUUAGUGGGGGUGACAAGUGUUCUGGCGACGCUUCUGUGGAUUCAAAUAACAACAAAUCAUUGGCGGGUAGUGGGGUUGAUGGUUCCAAAGGGAGGAAGUCAAAAUCGGCACAGAAGGAUGAUGCUUGUGUUCAGACCAAAAAGGAGUCAAGGGAAAGGGCAAGAGCAAGAGCAAGAGAGAGGACUUGCUACAAAAUGUGUAGCACUAGAAGGGUGCAGCAAGACUUUGAUGAAAGGUGCCCUGUAACUGCAAACACUCAAAUGCUGCACCAAUUGAGGUCAUCCAUUCUGCCUGAACCUGAAGCUUACGCGAGAUGGGUUCAGCCUUAUAACCCUUUUCUCAUUCAUAAUGAAGCACCCAGAGAUGGAUUUGACGUCAUUGAAGAAUCUAUUAUGAUUAAAAGGAAUAUGAAGCCGUCAACUAUGAUGGCUUCUCAUAACCAAAACCAAAACCAAAACCAAAACCAAAGCCAAAACCUUGUGAUCCCUAGGGAUGCAAGUUUCAACAACAAUGUGUGCCCCUUGCUACCCUAUUCCACUCCAGACUGGGACACUAAUGGGGCCUUUACUGGAUACUCCAACUUUUGUGCAAUAGGAACCAUGAACCUAUCUACAUGUUUCAUGAACCCGUGCUUCCCCGAUUCAAGCAAGGCUAAACAGAAGUCAACCACGUAUUUCACAAAAGCUCUGUGA